UUUCCACUCAAGUGAGCACUAGCAGAAAACUCCACAUAGCUUACCUAUGAAGCGAUCAGACGUCGUGAACGUGAAAGAGAGUUGAUUUGUAACAAAGAACAACAAAAUCAUGUCAACCCCACUAAUAUUUCCAUGCUUAAUCUUCUCUCUUCCCUCUUAAAAAUUUCUUCAGAAGUAUUGUUAUUCGCCCAAUUCUCUCUCUUUAUCUGCAAAAACUGGGUAGCAGAAAGUUUCUAACUUUACAGUUUUAGCAAUGGCAAAUUCCACAACCUUAAUCACCAUUAUAUUGAGUAUUUUUCUACUCUUUUGUGUUGCGGAAUCCGAAUAUAUAGCAUAUAAUAACUCAGCUAAAAUUGUUCCGGGUAAAAUUAAUGUUCAUUUGGUACCUCACACUCAUGAUGAUGUUGGGUGGUUGAAGACUAUUGAUCAGUAUUACGCUGGUGCCAAUAAUUCAAUCCGGGGAGCAUGUGUGCAAAACGUGCUGGAUUCCGUGAUUUCAGCUUUGUUGGAAGAUGAGAAUCGCAAGUUCAUUUAUGUUGAAAUGGCAUUCUUUCAGCGAUGGUGGAGACGGCAAAGUCCGAAGCUUAAGGUGAAGGUCAAGGAGUUGGUCAAAUCAGGUCAACUGGAGUUUAUAAAUGGGGGUAUGUGCAUGCAUGAUGAGGCCACUACUCAUUACAUUGACCUCAUUGAUCAGACAACUUUGGGGCAUCGGUUUAUUAAGAGUGAAUUCAAUCAGAUUCCGAGAGUCGGUUGGCAGAUUGACCCAUUUGGACAUUCUGCUGUUCAGGCUUACCUGCUUGGUGCAGAGGUAGGAUUUGAUUCACUCUACUUUGCUCGGAUUGAUUUCCAAGAUAGAGCAAAAAGAAAAGAUGAGAAGACUCUCGAGGUCAUAUGGCGUGGUUCUAGGUCACUGGGUUCUACCUCGCAGAUCUUCACUGGUAUAUUUCCUGUACAUUACAACCCCCCUGAUGGAUUUCAAUUUGAAGUAAAUGAUGUGUCCCCUCCUAUUCAGGAUGAUCCACUUCUAUUUGAUUAUAAUGUUCAAGAGCGAGUCAAUGAUUUUGUUGCUGCAGCCAUAUCACAGGCCAAUGUAACCAGAACAAAUCACAUCAUGUGGACCAUGGGUGAAGAUUUCCGUUAUCAGUAUGCCAAUUCCUGGUUCAGACAGAUGGACAAGUUUAUCCAUUACGUUAAUUUGGAUGGGCGUGUCAAUGCUUUAUAUUCCACGCCAUCAAUUUACACAAAUGCAAAAUAUGCACUGAAUGAGUCAUGGCCUGUGAAAACAAAUGACUUUUUCCCCUAUGCAGAUCGUGCAAAUGCAUACUGGACUGGUUACUUCACAAGUAGACCAGCAUUCAAAGGUUAUGUCAGAAUGAUGAGCGGUUACUACUUGGCAGCAAGGCAAUUGGAAUUUCUUAAUGGAAGGAGUGGCUCACUCUCCAAAACAGAAACAUUGGCUGAUGCUUUGGCUGUUGCUCAACAUCAUGAUGCAGUUACUGGUACAGAAAGACAGCAUGUGGCUGCUGAUUAUACAAUGCGGUUGCACAUUGGUUAUAUAGAGGCUGAGAAUGUAGUUUCAUCUUCACUCAAUUCUAUGACCAGUAAGGAUGGUAAAUUAGAAACUAGCUUUCAACAGUGUCCUCUUCUUAAUAUAAGCUACUGCCCACCAUCAGAAACUCUCUUGUCAAACGCGAAAAGUCUGGUAGUUGUUGUUUACAAUUCUCUUGGAUGGAACAGAGAGGAAGUCAUACGAAUUCCAAUCGCUGUCGACAAGGUCAUAGUUAAGGGUUCUGAUGGAAGGCAAGUAGAAUCUCAGCUACUACCCUUGACUAAUGCCUCACUGGAUGUAAGAAAUGAUCACUUGAAAGCAUAUCUAGGUAAACCCUCUGACAGUGCCAUCAUGUAUUGGCUUGCUUUUCCAGUAGCUGUGCCACCCCUUGGUUUCAGCACCUAUAUCGUGUCAGGUGCACAAGCAGGUGCAAGGUCAAUAAUGUCAUCAACAUUCACCAUGAAAGGAAAUAGAAAUAGCACUGUAGAAGUUGGACAAGGGAAUUUAAAGUUACUUUUCUCUGCUCAUGGAGGGAAACUUGCUCAGUAUAUAAAUACCAGAAACUCAGUUAGUGCAACUGUUGAACAGUCCUAUAGUUAUUACACUGGGUUUAGUGGAACUGAUGAAGAUCCUCAGGCAUCUGGGGCUUAUGUUUUCCGCCCAAAUGGCACUUUCUCCAUUGAUGGUGAAGGAGAGGAUUCGUUGACUGUAACGAAAGGCCCACUCUUAGAUGAAGCUCAUCAACAGCUGACAUCAUGGAUACAUCAGGUAACUAGGGUGUACAAGGGAAAGGAACAUGCUGAAAUAGAGUUCACGAUUGGACCCAUAUCUGUUGCUGAUGGAAUUGGGAAAGAAAUAGUCACCCAGAUUAAAACGACCAUGAAGACGAAUAGAACUUUCUACACAGAUUCUAAUGGUCGUGACUUCAUAAAAAGGAUAAGAGAUAACAGAGCAGAUUGGGACUUAAAAGUCAGCCAGCCAAUUGCAGGAAAUUAUUACCCGAUAAACCUUGGAAUAUAUAUGGAAGAUGGAAACAAUGAACUCUCGGUGCUUGUCGAUCGUGCAGUUGGAGGGUCCAGCAUAAUGGAUGGCCAGAUAGAGUUAAUGCUUCAUAGGAGGCUACUUCAUGAUGAUUCUAGAGGUGUUGGUGAGGUACUCAAUGAAACAGUUUGUGCUCUUGAUGAGUGUGACGGCUUAACGAUUAAAGGAAAGUACUUUAUUAGAAUCGAUCCCAUUGGAGAGGGAGCAAAAUGGCGUCGAACAGUUGGCCAGGAGAUUUACUCUCCACUUAUCUUGGCUUUUGCAGAGCAGGACGAGGAUGAAUGGAUGAAUUCUCAUGUACCCACUUUUUCAGGAUUUGCUUCUUCAUACAGCCUUCCUGAUAAUGUUGCUAUAAUCACCCUUCAGGAGCUUGACAAUGGGAAAGUACUUCUUCGGUUGGCCCAUCUUUACGAGAUUGGAGAAGAUAAAGACUUGUCAGUGAUGGCACAUGUAGAACUCAAGAAACUCUUCCCAAACAAGAAUAUUAAGAAGGUCACAGAGAUGAGUCUAUCUGCCAAUCAAGAAAGAGCUGAGAUGGAGAAGAAGCGAUUAGCAUGGAAAACAGAAGACUCUUCAGAAGAAGAGACUAAGGUGUCAAAGGGAGGGCCGGUAGAUCCCGUGAAGUUAGUGUUGGAACUUGCACCAAUGGAAAUUCGUACCUUUGUAGUAGACUUGAAAUACAUCAAAAAGUUUGUUGUUUAACUGCACCUGGUUUUAGUUCAGGAACUAGUUUUCAUGUCGUUAUUCCGAAAUGCAGCUCUCUGUGAGCUUAGGCGCUGGCUUGGUCGCUUGGACAUGUUAUGUGAUGUGUUUGUUUGGGGUUCUUACUUCUAAGUAGGCAAAAGAAAAGUUGUCUUUCUUAGUUCAAAAUGAAAAUCAAAGGUUUGUUUGGUAUCA